AUGUUCGCUUCUUCCUUCGCCGCUCUUGCUUUGGCUGCUUUGGCCCCCUCGGCUUUGGCUACGGUUUACACUACCUCUCCGGUGGGCGGGACUACCUGGACUGCUGGCCAGCAGGCCACCAUCAGCUGGCAAGAUGAUGGCAGCCAGCCUUCCCUCGCCUCGUUCGGCGCUUCGAAAGUCUCGAUCUACGUCGGGAAUGCCAUUCAGCAGACCAUGCUGCAACCCAUUACUGGCAAUGUGGACGUCUCCACGACUUCGUCUAUUGUCUUUACCCCCGACGGCAGCAUUGGACCUGACGGCAGCGACUACUUCGUCCGCUUCGAGUCCCUGAAUCUCAAGGACUCCACCAACCCUCAAUACCCGGCUCUUGCCUUCUCCGCGAAGUUCACCAUGAAAGGCAUGACCGGCACCUUUAACUCUACCGUGCAGGCGCAGAUCGAUGGCGCCUCUACCGCGCCCCUCGCCCAGCCCACCGCGGCCAGCGCUGCCACGACCGGCGCGUCUGCCGCGCACACCACCGCCGCGACGAGCUCUAAGGCCUCCUCUGCCUCGGGCUCCGCCACUGCGUCCGCGAAGGCCGCCGCGGCCUCCAACAGCGGGUCGCAGCAGAUCGCCGCCACGGGCCUCACGACUGUCGUGGGCGUCGUCGCCGCCGUCUUCGGGCUCGCGAUUUGGUAG